AUGAUUAAGACGGCGAUCGUGACUGGGGCAUGUUCAGGGAUAGGAUUAGCGCUAGUACGACGAUUACUCUACGACUUUGAGUCCAAUGAAUCUCAACAAUGGAGAGUGGUGCUUGCUGACGUCAACGCCGAGGCCUACGAGGCGAUAAAAGCCACACUCCCUCAUACGGCUAGCACAAUAUCAAGGCAUUUAUUCGUCAAAACGGAUGUCACAAGCUGGAGCGACCUGGCGAAUUUAUUCAAGACGGCAUUCGAGUGGCCUGGUGAAGGGCAGGGAAGGAUUGAUUUCGUGGCGUGCAAUGCUGGGAUUGAUGAUAAUGCGUUGAAGAAUGGGCUUUUGGAUGACGAUGAGGCUGACAAUGUGGACGAGGAGGCAGUGCCCGUGCAGCCCGAUCUCAAUGUCUUGCAGGUCGAUCUGCACUCGAACUUCUAUGCGACUAAGUUGCUUGUUCACUAUACCCGCAAAACGAGGAGAAGGGUGACGGCGUUGCAGAAUGGAUCCGCCCCUGACUCGGGGAUAGGGACGCCGAGAUUAGUGAUAACGGCAUCUAUGGCAGCUCAAUAUCCGUUCUUCCUGAUCCCACAGUACACGGCAGCGAAGCACGGAUGUCUUGGGCUGGUUAGAGCCUUGUCACCCGCGCUGUUGAAACACGAAGGCAUUACGUUAAACUGCGUGAUGCCCGGCACAGUCGACACGGGACUCAUUCCCGCGCCGGUGAUGGCCCAGUGGCCGAAAGAACAUUUGACGCCUCUUGAGACCGUCAUGAGGGCAUUCAUGGAACUGAUUGGAGACUGGAAGAGGGCGGGGUUGAGCGAGCACGUCACGAGCGAUGUACCUGAUCAUGAGCUGAAGAAUGGAUGUGCCGUCGAGUGCUCGGCGGGCUGGCUCUGGUAUAGAGAUCCUGUACCAUUCAAGGACGAGAGUAUGAGGUUUGUGGCGGACCAGAGCAAGGAAGAUGGCAUUUUGGGUCAAUUCGUGCUGCAGAUGAAGGCGAAGAUGGAGGCCGCAGGGGAAGGCAAAAAGCAUUGA